AUGAGUGAACCAAAUGGUGAUGACUGUGAAGACCACUCUCUGACUGUCGACAAUGGGAUCAAUGAUUUGGUCAAUGAGUUUGAAGAUUGUGUCGAUUUCAGAGACAAUGACAUCGAAGUGAAUGCCAUUGGACUCAAUGGAAGCGUUGACGACCGCAGAGGCUCUUCAUAUGACAACCACUUUAUGGCUAAUCAGAGAAUGGGUGAAGAGUUUGUUCGCAAACGUGAGGCCAAACGGAGCACUGAUUGGUAUGAAUUGCAAACAAUAGAAACGAAAUCCAAGUGUUCAUCGAGUGGUCAGUCAGUGAUGGCCUCAACGCCGGCGCCGAAUAAGACUUCGCUUACGAUUACGACAACAAACACACGAUCUCUGUCUCGGAGUCUGACUAUCAUUGCGAUAACAGCGGUUGACCAACACUUUACACACUACAGCACUUAUAGGUAUCAUGGGCUCUAUCCUAGUUUAUAA